AUGCCUCGACGGCUGCCAAUCGAAAAUGGAACUCAAGUUGGUAUCAUUGUUGCCUGUACCGUGUCAAUGUCCAUAGCCAUCAUUGCAGUCGGCCUGCGGCUUGUCGCCAAAAGGAUCCGGAACAGGAUUGACUACAGCGAUUACUGCAUCAUCAUAGCCUGCCUGUGGAACACGGCAAUGCAAGGAUGCUGCAUCUCGAUGGUCACCUAUGGCGGCUUUGGGUUCCAUACCCGCGAAGUUUUCACUCGCUUUGGGCCAGCCACGGCGAGAUACUUCUUCAAGGGAAUCAUGACCUUUUCGAUCCUGUGGAACGUCGUCGUGGGAUUCAGCAAGGUAUCCGUGUUGCUCAUGUACACGACAUUGAUACCAACCAUCAAGAUGAUAAGAUGGGCCAAGAUGCUCGGAGCUCUCAUCGUCCUGUGGUGUCUUUCGGAUAUUGCUGCUGCCCUGCUGAUUUGCAGGCCACUGGCGAGGAACUGGGACUUUACGUUGCCGGGAACGUGCGGAAGUCAGCCCGACUUUUACUUUGCAAUGGGCGUCGUCAACCUCAUCACGGAUGCGGUCCUCAUUGCUUUGCCCAUGCCCUACCUCUACAAACUGGCCAUGCCGAAGAGGAAGAAGUUUCUCGCAAUGGGACUGCUCAGUAUCGGAUUAGGAACCUGGGCCAUCACCAUCUACCGGCAGACCUUGCUGCCUCACCUCGACUUCACCGACAUGACCUACGCCGGUGUGCAUGCCACGAUUCUCUCCGGUCUCGAGCCUUCGGUCGCCAUCGUGCUGGCAUGCAUUCCGCUGAUGCGCCCCCUUUUCGGAAAGUCCAGGAACAGCGCAGACACUGGCUAUGAGUACGGAUCUUCGGGCAAGGCGAGUUAUUUCUCCAAAAAGAGUGCCGGUCCACACAACAUGGACCCCACGGCCACAUUCUCCGAGCUGGUGGACAACAGCGACGAUUCUUCGCAGAUUGAAUUGCGGCCCGUGGAGGGGAUCCAGAGAGUCUGCAUUUCGUCCGAUGAAGAACGGCCGAGGAAGAAGAACAAGACUCUUUCGGCCCACACCAUCAGCGUCGAGCGAAAGUGGGAGGUGAGGACUGGAUAGGUCAGGCCACUGCAGAGCACAAUUGUCACUUUGUUGACCGAACCGACAAUGGGAACUGAACUAG